AGUCGGCGGUAGAAUGUCAUGAAAACUACCGAAGACAGUAAACAACUACGAGAUAUAUUGCUCUCAAAUAAAAGUGCGGUAACAGUGGUCGUCUAACUGUGUCUGUUUCAAAAUGCCGGACAUAGAGAAGUUACACCUCGAAGAGGCACUGGAAGACAGCCCUCAGACACGGAGUCUCCUGUCAGUGUUUGAGAAAGAUGCGAUGAUUCUGAAGAAGUACACCAGCAAUUUGCACAGCUGUUGUCAGAGAGUCAUGUCUGCCCAGAAUGAGCUGUGUGCAGCAACUCAAGCCCUCGCUCAACAGCUCCGAACAUAUGAAGUGCAGAAAUUCCCCCUGGAAAGUGAAAACAGUAUUCUGACGACAACUCUAAAUCAGUUUUCAAGCUACCUUGAUGAUAUCAGUUCCGUGCAGCAGGUGUUAGCGUCUCAGUUCUCGGAGACCAUGAUGUACCCACUCAGCAAGUUCCUCCAGGCUGACAUGGAUGAAAUCAGCACAAUGUUUGAAAUGUUCCAGAUCGCCUCUCAUGAACAUGAGCAGGCUUUGACAAAAUACAUGAAACUGCCCAGCAAGAAAGACAAUGAGAAAGCCCGAGUGGAGACAAAUGAAGACCUUUAUGCAAUGAGGAAAAAGUUCCAUCAGACCUCACUUCACUACUACUCGAGCCUGAACGCAGUGCAGUACAAGCGGCGAUGUUUCCUCCUCGAGCCAAUCAUGGGGUACCUCCAUGCUCAGAGGUCCUUCUUCCAGAUGGGUCAGGAGGCAGUCUGCAAACCAGAGAUCGAAAACUUCCUCACAAACAUAGCAGCAAGUGUUCAGAGUGUUCAUCAGGAAUUGUCAGCCGAAACUCAGAAGACGGUUGAGCUGAUUGACACAAUAGAGAAACAGAGCGCCCACCUCUACAAUGCAGAGCCCCCGAUAGAUAUGCCAUUUAUACCGCCCAACACAGCACUCACUCAGAAGGCAGGAUAUCUCUUUCAACGAAUCAAGCAAGCCCUCAUCACCACUAAAUGGGAUCGAGUGUAUUUCUUCACGCAAGGCGGCAAUCUGAUGAGUCAGGCGAAGGAAGAGGUCAGUAGCGUAGGCUCUGUCGAUUUUGCUGGUAGUCUUGUUAUUGAUCUCAAUGAGGACGGUGUGAUGGCUGAGCCGGCGAAUUCGGACGAUCGCAGAUUUGUGUUUCAAGUUGUCAGUCAAGGCAGCAAGAAAGCUGUUGUUCUUCAAGCAGAAAACUUUAGGGAAAGGGAUGAGUGGAUUGCAACAAUUAACAACAUUGUAAAAGACAGCGGAUAUGUCCGAGGCAAAGCUGCUUCCAAAAAAAAGGAGCAACAAGCCAUGCUGACCAAGACCCAGUCUACAGAUUCGGCUUCAGCUCAAGAGAAAUCAAGUCCUGUUCGUGCCAAUCAUUCCCAAUCAUCAACACCCGCUGCCACCCCGACGGACAAUUUUGUAAUCGACACCCCAAUACAGUUUGACUUGGUGUCACCUUCUGAUGAGAAUCGCCAAGUUACAUCGCCCCAAACCGGUCCGCCAAAGAGAAUCAACCCAUUUGACCAGUCGUCAGUGGAUGUGUUAGACUCUCCUGUGGACAAUGCAGCUUUCUCUCAAGCAUUCACUGUCCGAUUCCUGGGAUCAAUGGAAGUGAAGUCGGACAGAGGGGAACAGCUGGUUCAUGGUACCAUGCGACAGAUACUGGCCGCCCGGGCAAUACACAACGUCUUCAAGAUGACGGAAUCCAGGCUGAUUGUCACCAACGAGUGCAUGAGAUUAAUCGAUCCCUCCAACAACACAAUUCGGGUAGAGUUUUCUCUGCCAGACAUAUCAUUCUGGUCUGUCCAUCAAGACAAUCCCAGGUUGUUUGGGUUUAUAACACGGAAUCGAUCUGAAGGUGGAGGUGUGACGUUCGCCUGUCACGUGUUCGAGAGCAGCAACUCUGCAGAAGAGAUAUGCCAGGCAAUCAGUACAGCAACUAAGAUUGCAUUCCAAGCUAUCAUGGAGAAGAGGAGUGGCAAGAAGCCCUCCAUUAGCAAAGACACAGACAAGAAUAAGGAGAAGUUUGAUGAGACUGAGCGCCUGCUACUUGAGAACAUACAACGAAUGGACGACCAUGACUCAAGCCAACUUCCACUCAGUCCAGAUGGGAAAUUCCUUAUUCUGUCCAAUCCUGACCAAUCACAGGUCGGCCAGAUGUCAUCUGACCCAAACCCACCAAUCACCCAGCCCUCUGGUGAAGGAGAAGCUGAAGUUGAGGGAGCCGAGUCAGAAGCAUGAACAACCACGGCCACCUUGAUUGGCUAACGUAUGCAGCCAUGUUGUAAUUUGAUCUAUUUGAACAAGAUAUCAUUCUGUGAUAGAGACAGUAUUGGAUGCUGACAAUGUAACGAAUCGACACUAUAUUGAAAUGAUAAGGCAACACAUCAAGUUACAAAUCUUUUCCAUUUUCUCUAAGUACAUUAUGUUUAGAUCCUUAUUAACUUCCGGCUGUUUUAAGGGGUUAGAACCUAAUGGUAGCCUCCUAGCCCAGAAUUUAAUUAAAAUCAGAUCUUUAAUCCGAUAUGAUACCUCUCUGUCUGAAGGUCUGAGAACCCCGCCGUAGAAGGUCGCAUCAGGUGGACCAAGUGUGAACUUUGACUGCCCAAUCUAAAUAAAGGAUGCAUGGGUUCUGGAGUCAGUCAGAUGUCUUUUCUGAAUCAGCUUCAUUGCUUUAUUGCCUCAGUUUGAUAAUUUCAGUUGUAUCAAAAGAAAGCCCACUGAGAACACAUGUAGAUGCCAUGGGAUUGAGAAACAGCAGGGUGUGUAGCAUAUCCUAUAUUAUUUACAUUUGGCACUGCUUGUUUGAAAUUUUUUUGAGAUACAGAAAUCUGAUAUGCUGAUCUGAGGGCUUUGCUCACCCAUACUGAAAAUUCAGAAGUUUUUGCUGAUUGUCUGAUGGGCAGGCUCAUCAGAUACAUCCUUCUAUUUUCAGAGUAAGUGAGUGAGUUGGGUUUAACACUGCUUUUAACAUUAUUCCAGUUAUAUCACGGCGUUCUAUUUUCAGAUCUUCAUUUAGUGAGGUAUAUCUAGUGAGCUGGAAUAUUACCUGGCUUGUUUUCAUUUUAAAAUGCAUACUGUAUUAAGUCAGUGUUCGUCACAAUAAAGAACAGAAAACUCAUAUUAUCAGUUUUCAGUGAAGAAAGUAACAAAACAAAUGGCAAGAUCAUGUUCAUGAGGGCUAGGAAAUGAUUCUGACUACUGACCCAUAUGGCUAAUGAAGCUGUGUACUUCUUUCUGAAGCUGUUUUAUUAUUAAUGGUGUGUAUUGUUGCCUACCACACUUACAAACUGUUUCCCUAUCAUGUAUUAGAAGCUUUGUGUUGAAGACUAACUUUACACCACCAUCACUGAUAUGUGGUUCUGUUGAUAACACUAUGAUACUUUCGUUAUCAGAUUUUAGUGUGUUUUGCGUCAGCGAUCCAGUCGAGAAACGAUGACAUCUGACAAGAAUAGUUCGACAACUUAAGCAUCAACCAUUAAAUUUUCUAUGCAGGAAACAAUACAAUUAAACUGUGGAUAAAA